CGGCGAGGAUAAAGCAAGAUGGCGUCUGACGGUGAAGACAUUAUUGCAGUCGUCACAGUUCAGUGUUCUUAAUCUGUGCCUCCAUGUACACAUAUAUGUCCUUUAUUACACUCUAGUAAAUAGAGUAAACAUCGUUAAUAACUGUUUGCAUCCGGUUAUAUUAGUCUGAGCGCACUUUGAUGCUUCUCGAGCUAGCUUAGCCUGCUAGUUAGCUUAGCUUGUUAGCUGCUAACAAAGAGAGGCGGAAGUGAUCAAAACACAUCACUAAGUAGAGAUCAAGUGUGAGUGUAAAGUGUUGUGAUUGUGUGAAAAUGUGCCAAAGAACCAUAGCAGAGUACGAGGAGGAACUUUGUCCAACAAAAGAGGAGAAGGAGCGACAACAUGAAAAACAUCAAGUUGUGUUACACAGAACAGACAUCCAUCAGCUGAUUGGACACCAAGAAGAAUGUCUCCCUCAUCUGCAGGGGGACAGUUUCACUUUAGAGUAUCCACAGCCCUCACAUUUUAAAGGGGACAAAGAUCAGCCACAGCCCUCUUAUUUUAAAGAGGAAGAGGAGGGAGAGUGUCCUGUAGGGCAGGAGGAGGCUGAUGUCAGCAAGUUUCCACUGACUGUUGUCUCUGUGAAGACUGAAGAGCAUGAAGACAAACCACCUGAGUCCUCACAGCUUCAUCACAGUCCAAACGUCUGUGAAGAACAUCUUCACCCUGAGCAACAGAAGUGGAGCUUCAGGAUGCGAACGGAGGAGCCACAGCCCUUCCACAUUAAGAAGGAAGAGGAAUACCCACAUACCCCCCUUUAUAAAGAGGAAGAGGAGGACCCACUGACACCCCAUUUUAAAAAGGAAGCGGUGGAUCCACUGAGCCCUCACAUUAAAGAGGAAGAGGAGGAACACAGCAUCAGUCAGCAGGGAGAGCAUCUUGAAGGACUGGAGGAGGUUGAUGUCACCAAGAUGCCAGUGACUGGUGUCCCUGUGAAGAGUGAAGAUGAUGAGGUGAAAGGUGAAAGUGAGGAGAGGGGAGGGGGGGAGCCUCCAAGCAGCAGCUCAACACAACACAUGACAACAGAAGCUGAUGGAGACCACUGUGGAGGAUCACAAGCAGACAAGCUCUUAGCUCCACUAUCAGAUAGUGAGGACACAACGUCACACUCUCCUGACACUGAUGAUGAAGACUCUAAAGAUGAUAAGACAUGUCACACUGACAACACUCACUUCACAUCUUAAAUCUCCUAGUAAUUUGAAAGUACACAUGAGAACACACACUGGAGAAAAACCUUUUUCAUGUUCAAUCUGCGGUAAAGAUUUUACUCAGAGGUACGAUUUGAAAAGACACAUGAGAACACACACUGGAGAAAAACCUUUUUCAUGUUCAAUCUGCGGUAACGAUUUUAUUCAUAGGCAACAUUUGAAUACACACAAGACAAUACACACUGGAGAAAAACCUUUUACUUGCUCAGAAUGCUGUAAAAGAUUUGCGCGAAAA